CUGCACUCUAUUGUCAAAAAUAUGACUGUAUGCCAGGUAUCCACAUUGUUAUGGUCACACUCACUCUCUCUAACCCAACAAAGUGCAAGCAAGUGAUGCUCAGACGUGUUUGCGUCACAGCUGGAUGACGCGCCCACCAGGCUUUCUGUUAGUACGCUUCCGGUGUUGCAGCAAAUUCUGUGACCCCUCAGAUUCUGAGACUAAAACCAAACCAGGAUCUUUUUUUCCCUAAACCUAACCUAACCGAGUAGUUUUGGUGCAUAACCCUAACUAAUUAGUUUUAGCGCCUAAACCAAACCGAACUGCGACCAUUUCACACAGUUUACCACGUGGUUAAGAAACGCCCUGAGAGCUUAACUUCCUAUUUGGGUCACAGAAUCUGUCGAGUCGAAUAUUUUGGUGUAACACCAGUUAGUUUGCUUCUGGCUGCUGCUGCCUUAUCUUUCUAAGGGAUUUGUCAACUGUAUAUGACAGGCGAAAGAUUAUAAAAAUGAGUGAAAUGAAGCCGAACGAUUCAGCUGCAACUGAAGACAGAAGAGAGGAAAAAGACUGGGCGGCGGCCAAAGCUGUUUUUGACAACCUUAAAACAAACAAACCGAGACCCCCCAAACCACAGUAUGCUGUCACUAUCGCCGUCUCCUCUCGCACCCUCUUCGACAUGGUGGCAGAGAGGAAGAUCUUUGUUGAAAAGGGAGUAGAGAGCUACGUAUCUUAUCAGGUUGAACAUGAAAGCGAGCCUCUGAAACCAGGAGCUGCUUUCCCCUUCGUCAAGGCGCUGAUGAAUGUCAAUUCUCGACUGAGGAUGCUGUACCCAGACAGCGAGGAGCUUUUUGACAUCGUCUUAAUGACCAACAACCAUGCCCAAGUUGGGGUGCGCCUCAUAAACAGCAUUAAUCACUAUGAUUUGACCAUAGAGAGAUUCUGUAUGACAGGAGGGAAAAGUCCUAUAGGCUACCUAAAGGCCUACAUGACAAACCUUUACCUCUCCAAGGACUCGAAGAAAGUCACAGAGGCCAUCGAGGAAGGCAUUGCUGCAGCCACAAUGUUUAUGCCGCAAACGGACACUCAGCUGAGCGACACUCAGCUGAGAGUGGCAUUUGAUGGCGACGCCGUCCUCUUCUCAGACGAGUCAGAGGUCAUUGUGAAGCAACACGGCCUGGACACUUUCUUUAAGCACGAGAAGGAGUUUGAGAACAAACCUCUCGCUCAGGGUCCAUUAAAGUGUUUCCUGGAGGCUCUGGGUAAGCUCCAGAGAAAAUUCUAUGCCAAGAACGAGCGUUUGAACUGUCCUAUCCGAACCUUCCUGGUCACGGCCCGAAGUGCAGCCAGCUCCGGGGCUCGCGUCCUGAAGACUCUCCGCAGCUGGGGCCUGGAGAUCGACGAGGCUCUCUUCUUAGCUGGGGCUCCCAAAGGGCCCCUGCUGCAGAAAAUAAAACCGCACAUCUUCUUUGACGACCAGAUGUUCCACAUCGAGGGGGCCAACGAAAUGGGAACCAUAUCUGCACACGUCCCCUAUGGGAUCGGACAGAAGUACGACAAGGGGAAACUCAUUGAGCAGCCGGCAAAAAAGUAAUAACCUAAAAAUGGUUGAAAUAUUAAAUAAGCACUAUUUUGUCAGAGAUUUGCUUCAAAUAAAUAUAAUAAUAAUAAUACUGGAUUCAGGAAAAAUGUAUCUAUCAAAAAAUAACAGCAAUCUUUUUAGUGGAUUAAAGUAAUUAAAUGGUAAUGCAGUCUAAAAAGAUUCCUAGUUUUUGGGGUUUUAUAAAAUACUGUCUACUGUUUUCUUUAGCAUGGGGUAUUAUUGAUGAGGAAGGGGAUGUAUUUUCAAAGCAAGAGUUACAGUAGUGCCUUACACUAUUUAACCGUACGGUUUUAAAAUAGGUUAUGAAUCUGGUGUUUCUAUCGGUGCCUUUUAACUAUUCGAAGUGUUUACCUGUUUACCUUUCAGUGUACACUCAUUUACAUAGGAGUUUAUCUAAUUUUCUUUUCACUUUUAUACAAUAAACUUGCGUUUAUCUUAUCGUGGUUUUUGGCUAUUGGUCCUUGGCAUGUUCUGUAUAACCAGGGUGGGAGAAUGUAUCUGCUGUAGUAGUUGUUUUUUCUCCGCUGGAUCCUUCAUAGACUUAAAAAUCACCAGGGUAUUCGUUUUGCACACUUGAUGGGACAGAUUAAUAGAUAUUAAAAUCAGCUAUCAGGGUAGAAUGUCUAGCUUACAGGGAUAACACUGAAACUGCCUUACUUUGUUAUUGUCUUUGCAGUUGAUACACACAAACUAUGAAAAACUCACUGCUUUAUAUUAUUCCCCAAAACCUUUGUACUCAUGUUCUGUGAGUUUAAGCUUUUACAUUAUAUCUGGAGAUCAGGCAGCCCACUGUAACUACACUUUUCUAUCAUGUUAUCAUGUUUUUAUAUAGGACUCACUAUAUAUUCUGUAUAUGUUUGCAGAUUGCUCUUGAUGUAUUUCAUAUUGCAAACAUAUGUAAAUGUAUCCUCUUCAGGCAGGUACAGUUAAUGUGCUAACUGUACACUCAUGCGUUUGUAAAUGUUCAUAUCAUGUCUGGUAAUGUUCCUCAGUGCCAGAUCAAGACAUAUUUUGCAUUGAUUGUACUCCUGUUGUGGUAGCAAUAAAAUUAUUUUUGCACCUUU